GUUGCCACACACAUCCACAGCCUAAUCGACCAGAACGGACUACACAUAAGUUUCACAACAGACAUAUGGACGUCCGAUGUUAGCCCUGUUAGCAUGCUAAGUCUAACAGCACAGUGGCUAGACGAGGACUUUAAUUUGCAACAAGCCAUGCUGCAUGCUCAGGAGUGCCCCGGAUCACAUACUGCCGCAAUGAUAUGUCAGGCGUUUGACACCAUGCUUGCACACUGGAAUAUAACGAAAGACCAAGUGCAUGUCGUGCUGAGGGACAACGCACGCAACAUGAUCAAGGCCAUGGAGGAGUGUGGGCUUGCCAGUUUGGGCUGUGUAGCACACACGCUACAGUUAGCUGUGAACGAGGCUGUACUGAGCCAAAGAAGCAUCGCAGACUGUGUCGCGAUAAGCAGGAAGAUAGUCGGACACUUUAAACACUCCAACGUCGCCACCUCCCGCCUACGAAACUUACAGAAACAACUUGGCAUGAAAGAGGCAAGGCUUCAACAAGACGUGGCUACUCGUUGGAAUUCAACCUUCUACAUGCUGACCAGCUUGUUGCAGCAGAAACGAGCCCUGGCAGCAUAUGCCGUCGAUUUCGACUUGCCUGCAUUUCUGAGCCCAAAUCAGUGGGCUUUAAUCGAAAACAUGCUAACAAUUCUUGACCCGUGUGAGCAGCUGACAAAAAACAUGAGCUCAGCUACAGCCACCGCAGCUGAUGUGAUCCCCUCCAUUGAGGCCCUGAAACGUCUGUUAAACAAGACUGUUGCAACAGAUCAUGGAAUCAAAACUUCAAAGAGUAUGUUACUGCAAGCUGUUGAGCAGCGUUUCAGUCACAUCUCGACAGAGUCCGUGUGCUUUCUGGCCACAGUGUUGGACCCCAGAUAUAAAGACUGCUUUUUUGACCAAGCAAUAAAGAAGGAAGCAAUGGAAGUCUUAACAGCCAAAAUGAGAUCACAGACAGAAAAUGAGCCAGAGCCACAUGAGAAGAGAACCAGGACAGAUGACAACAACAACAAUACUUCCCUGCAGAAAAUGUAUGAAGAAAUCCUUCACGAAAAUGCCACAAACGAGCUGAACCACAGCCAAGCUGAUCAGCAGAUUCAAGCCUAUCUCUCAGAGCCCACAAUUCCUCGAUCCGAGAGCCCCUUGGACUACUGGAGAAGCAACAAAAUCCGGUUCCCACAACUUGCCCUCCUCGCACGGAAGUAUCUGUCCUCUCCUUGUACAAGUGUGGACAGUGAACGUUUAUUUUCUGCUGCUGCAAAUGUUAUUGGUGAAAAACGAAACCGACUUGGAUGUGAGAAAGCAGAGAUGCUUCUCUUUGUUAAGAAAAAUCUCCCACUGGUGCCCUCCCCCAGAAUAUAGAAAAUAUAAUGCAGAUAAUUUGACAGUGACAAGUUUGGGGGGAGGUUAGGAUAGGAAAUGUUGAGAAGAGAAAAAUCUUUGAAGUUGAAGUUUUGAAGAAUUUAAGCAUUUUAUUUUUGAAACAGAUUUAAAUAUUUACGUCCCUAAGGGAUGUACGUUUUGUUAAAAUUAAGAGGCACAUUUUAUGCUUAUUGUUGUUAGAACUUUUGCUAUACGUUUUAUGAUGGCAUAUGACCACAUGUAAUGACAUGAAACAGUGACAAGAUUGGGGAGUGGUUAGCAAAGGACAUGUUAAGAGGAAAUCAUUUAACUU